GGAAGUGAAAACUGGAGCCUGACCUGAGUGGCUUCCAGCGCCGGCCGACCGGAAGAAGGCAGAAAGGAAGCUGCAGCCAUGGCUGUGGCUGUGGCCGCGGCGGGAGUUUUUACCGGCUCGGAGCCAGGCCCCGCGGAAGAACUCGCCAAACUUGAGUAUCUGUCUUUGGUGUCGAAAGUUUGCACCGAGCUGGAUAACCACUUGGGGAUCAACGACAAGGACCUAGCUGAAUUUGUGAUCAGUCUUGCUGAGAAAAAUACUACCUUUGAUACUUUUAAGACUUCGUUGGUCAAAAAUGGUGCAGAAUUCACAGAUUCUCUUAUUAGUAACCUUCUGCGUCUCAUACAAACCAUGCGACCUCCAGCAAAGCCUUCUGCUAGCAAAGAUCCAGUUGUUAAGCCAAAAACCGAAAAAGAAAAGCUGAAGGAACUUUUCCCAGUCCUUUGCCAGCCAGACAACCCUUCCGUUCGGACCAUGCUGGAUGAGGAUGACGUGAAGGUUGCUGUGGAUGUCUUAAAAGAACUGGAAGCUUUAAUGCCCAGUGCAGCAGGCCAGGAGAAGCAAAGAGAUACUGAGCACCGGGACAGGACAAAAAAGAAGAAGCGGAGUCGAAGCCGAGACCGUGACCGUGACCGUGAUCGUGACAGAGAACGAGAGAGAGAGCGAGACAGAGACCACAAGCGGAGACAUCGAUCCCGUUCUCGAUCACAUUCUAGGACCCGGGAGAGGAAUAAAGGAAAGUCUAGAUAUCGGUCCAGGAGUAGAAGUCAGAGUCCCCCCAAAGACAGGAAGGACCGUGACAAGUAUGGGGAGAGAAAUCUGGACAGAUGGCGGGAUAAACAUGUGGACCGCCCUCCCCCCGAAGAACCUGCCAUUGGGGACAUAUACAAUGGCAAAGUUACCAGCAUCAUGCAAUUUGGAUGCUUUGUGCAGCUGGAGGGACUAAGGAAGCGAUGGGAAGGCCUGGUGCACAUCUCUGAGCUCCGGCGGGAAGGCCGUGUGGCCAAUGUGGCUGAUGUGGUGAGCAAAGGCCAGAGGGUCAAGGUCAAAGUGCUGUCCUUCACAGGGACCAAGACCAGCCUGAGCAUGAAGGAUGUAGAUCAAGAGACUGGAGAAGAUCUAAACCCAAAUCGACGUCGAAAUUUGGUUGGAGAGACCAAUGAAGAGACCUCAAUGCGGAAUCCAGAUAGACCCACUCACCUUUCCCUUGUCAGUGCCCCUGAAGUAGAGGAUGACUCACUGGAGCGCAAGCGCCUCACCCGCAUCUCUGAUCCAGAGAAGUGGGAAAUCAAACAGAUGAUUGCUGCCAAUGUUCUUUCCAAAGAAGAGUUUCCAGACUUUGAUGAAGAGACUGGCAUUCUCCCUAAGGUGGAUGAUGAAGAAGAUGAGGACCUUGAGAUCGAACUGGUUGAGGAAGAGCCUCCAUUCCUGAGAGGGCACACCAAGCAAAGCAUGGAUAUGAGCCCCAUUAAAAUCGUUAAGAACCCAGAUGGCUCCCUCUCCCAAGCAGCCAUGAUGCAGAGUGCCUUGGCCAAGGAAAGGCGGGAACUCAAGCAGGCCCAGCGUGAAGCUGAGAUGGAUUCUAUUCCCAUGGGACUCAAUAAACACUGGGUUGAUCCUCUGCCUGAUGCGGAAGGCAGGCAGAUUGCUGCCAAUAUGAGGGGGAUUGGGAUGAUGCCCAAUGACAUUCCAGAGUGGAAGAAGCAUGCCUUUGGGGGCAACAAAGCUUCUUAUGGAAAAAAGACCCAGAUGUCAAUCCUUGAGCAGAGGGAGAGCCUGCCCAUCUACAAACUGAAGGAGCAACUGGUUCAGGCUGUACAUGACAACCAGAUCCUGAUUGUUAUUGGAGAGACAGGGUCUGGAAAGACAACACAGAUCACCCAGUACCUGGCAGAGGCAGGCUACACUUCCAGGGGCAAGAUUGGGUGUACCCAGCCCAGAAGAGUGGCAGCCAUGUCCGUGGCCAAAAGAGUGUCAGAGGAGUUUGGUUGUUGCUUAGGUCAAGAGGUGGGCUACACCAUUCGGUUUGAGGACUGCACCAGUCCUGAAACAGUCAUCAAAUACAUGACAGACGGUAUGUUGCUCAGAGAGUGCCUGAUCGACCCUGACCUAACUCAGUAUGCAAUCAUCAUGCUGGACGAGGCACAUGAGAGGACAAUUCACACCGAUGUGCUCUUUGGAUUGUUGAAAAAGACGGUUCAAAAACGGCAGGACAUGAAACUGAUUGUCACGUCAGCUACCUUGGAUGCAGUGAAAUUUUCUCAGUACUUCUAUGAAGCUCCUAUCUUCACCAUCCCAGGUCGAACAUACCCAGUGGAAAUAUUGUACACAAAGGAACCUGAGACAGAUUAUCUGGAUGCGAGCCUGAUUACUGUCAUGCAGAUCCACUUAACUGAGCCACCAGGUGAUAUCUUGGUUUUCUUGACUGGUCAGGAAGAGAUUGAUACUGCUUGUGAAAUCCUGUAUGAAAGAAUGAAAUCACUAGGACCUGAUGUUCCAGAAUUAAUUAUCCUCCCAGUGUACUCUGCUCUUCCCAGUGAGAUGCAGACCAGAAUCUUUGACCCAGCUCCUCCUGGCAGCAGAAAGGUCGUGAUUGCCACCAACAUUGCAGAGACAUCACUAACUAUUGAUGGCAUCUAUUAUGUUGUGGACCCUGGAUUUGUGAAACAGAAAGUUUAUAAUUCCAAGACGGGGAUUGAUCAACUUGUGGUGACACCUAUUUCUCAGGCUCAGGCAAAACAACGAGCUGGCAGAGCUGGGAGAACUGGCCCAGGGAAGUGUUAUAGGCUAUAUACGGAACGUGCCUACCGAGAUGAAAUGCUGACCACUAAUGUGCCAGAAAUCCAGAGAACCAACUUAGCAAGCACAGUACUGUCCCUCAAGGCCAUGGGCAUCAAUGACCUGCUGUCAUUUGACUUCAUGGAUGCCCCACCAAUGGAAACCUUGAUUACAGCCAUGGAACAGCUAUACACCCUGGGGGCCUUGGAUGAUGAGGGCCUGCUCACUCGCCUGGGCCGCAGGAUGGCAGAAUUCCCCUUGGAGCCAAUGCUGUGCAAAAUGCUCAUCAUGUCUGUGCAUCUGGGGUGCAGUGAGGAAAUGCUGACCAUCGUGUCCAUGCUGUCUGUGCAGAACGUCUUCUACAGGCCCAAGGAUAAGCAAGCCCUCGCAGAUCAAAAGAAAGCCAAAUUCCAUCAGACAGAAGGGGACCACCUUACCCUGUUGGCUGUGUACAACUCCUGGAAGAACAACAAAUUCUCCAACCCUUGGUGCUAUGAGAACUUUAUCCAGGCUCGUUCCCUGCGCCGGGCCCAGGACAUUCGCAAACAGAUGUUAGGCAUAAUGGAUAGACAUAAACUAGAUGUGGUCUCCUGUGGCAAAUCCACAGUUCGAGUGCAGAAGGCCAUCUGCAGUGGUUUCUUCCGUAAUGCUGCCAAAAAAGACCCACAGGAGGGUUACCGGACGCUGAUUGACCAGCAGGUGGUCUACAUCCACCCUUCCAGUGCUCUCUUCAACAGACAGCCGGAAUGGGUGGUGUACCAUGAGUUGGUGCUGACCACGAAAGAGUACAUGCGUGAGGUCACCACUAUUGAUCCCCGGUGGCUUGUGGAGUUUGCCCCAGCCUUCUUCAAGGUCUCUGACCCAACCAAACUAAGCAAGCAGAAGAAGCAGCAGCGUCUUGAACCGUUGUACAACCGUUAUGAGGAGCCCAAUGCUUGGAGAAUAUCCCGGGCCUUCCGGCGGCGCUGACAGGCAAGCUUGUCUAUUUGCCUCUUCUAUAGCAGUGGCCCAGGACUUGGACUUUCUCUUACCAAUGAAAAACUGGUCCUGAAUGUACAGCUGUCCUGUGACUGCAUUUGCUAAACUUGACUUUCAUUUCUUUCUUGGUGGUAAGAUAGAAACCAGGAUUUAAGUCUGGCGUUGGCUGGAUCCUCUAGCCCCCAUCCACUCCCAAGUCUUGGGGCCAGAGAGUCAGGGGCUUAUACCCAGCAUAGCACACAAUGCAUCAUCUUCAAGAAAGGGACAACUUGUUCAGCCUUGAAAUGGGAAAAGGGAAUGAAUGAAUGUCUGAUACAUGCCACAGCUACAGAGGACCCUAAUGCCCCAGCUGAUGCUCCCUAGAAGAGGGAGCCAUAAUGCUCAUCUACAGUGUCGACCUCACUGCCUGCCUCCUCCCCAGCUCCUGUACUCUGGCUUAACCUUCUGGAAAUAUUUAUUUUCUUAAGGAAAUAAGGUUUUCUGUGAUUGUUUCUUUUAGCUGAAAGGUUAAGAAACUGGCCUGGGUUCAGGGUGAGGGAGAUUUAGCAUCUGUGAUGUACGCGGUGGAGAAUACCCUGGAAUUAAAGCCCAGGGUCUCUUUCGAACCUAAUGCACAACCCAGACCUCCAGCCUUGUUUUUCGGAAUGGGUCCUGGCCCAGCUUUGCCAGUGGAUGGCCUGGUGAUUAACCACAUCCAUUCCACAAAGCACUUGAAUCUGGCGCCUGAGUGGUUACAGAUGCCACAUAUUGAACAUAGAAGGCUCUCCUUUCCUCCCUCCCUCCCUCCCCCCACUCCCCUGCCAUGCUCAAACAAUGCACAGUGUGUCCCAUUUCCUUUUGAAACAUGCCAAGUACUGACACAACUUGUAUUUUAUUUUGUUUUUAUUUUUUGCCCUGAGGUCCUUGAUGGUCUUUAACAAAGGGAUUUUAUGAUUAUAGCCUCUCUUCCCCCAUCCCAAGCAGAAAACAGAUACCACCUCUCUGAGCCCAGCAUCUGUGCUCAGGGCUUGUUCUUAGUGGUUUUGGGAAAUGGCCACUUCCUAGAGCCCCUCACAGCAACUCAGGAUGCUUUUUACCUGGAGGAGGAGCAGGCAGGUCCUGCUGGGGUAGGAUGUGGGGCUUGUGGAGAAGCUUGGGUACAUCCUGUAUCAUGGUAUUGCUCCCACUGUCUCUCACAGCCCCGUAUUAGUAAAUUCCCGAAAUAGGUCAAUACGAGAACUGCAGAAUUGUAUGUCAAACACUGAACGAGACUAUAUGACGUUCUGGAAUAUAAAGGAAUGUGUGUUGUCACUGGGCAGCAAAUAAACCACUCUAAAGACACAGUUCACAGAGAUUUCAAGGGAGAAGAAUAUAGGCCAGGGAGGGUGCUGACUGCAGAUCCCUGCCCCUUCAUUAAGCUGAGUGAGCACCUCCCAGUUCUGUUGGAGUGUGCUUCUUAGUGAGGCCAGGCCAGUAAUCAAGGAACAGGGCAUGAUGUGUCACCCUGUAAGGCCUUAUGGGAGAGACAGUACAGGAAACAACAGAUGUAACCUAAAGGGAAGCAGGGCCCAUUGUUAGUUCCCCAGUCUUAAUUCUAGCCUAGAUCUCCCAUUCUGGAGCAACUCCUGGGCCUGGUGGCUCUGCCCAUCCCAGGUGCCUACUGGCACUGACAUUAUUGGUGCCUAAGGAGAAGUCUGGGUUUUAAGCUGAGAUUGAAAAGGGAUGGUUAACAGGCCAAGGGUAAGUGAUGGCAGGGCUGGUCAUCCUACCUUCUGCAAGAAGGAGCCCAACUGUGUGGGUAUACUUUGAUCAAUUCUAAACUAGAAUUCUCUCCUUUGACAGUAAGGCAGGGGUCUAACCUUUUGACUGCCCAUCAGAAUAACCAUGUUGACAGCAGAGCUGAGGCUGCUCAAAGGGUGAAGGGGACUCCUGUCUAGAUUCAGAAGUAGAGCUGGCCUACUGCUCUCACAAUGGGAUCCUUGUUUCUCUUUCUUGAACCAGUAUUUCCCAAGAUUGAGUGACAGCCCAGGAGAGGAUGUGGGUCUCAGGCAGAGAGUUGGAUUCUUCUUGGCCAUUAAAGUAUACAGUUCACCCCAACUCACCAGGAGCCUAGCUCAGAGUUUCCUGGCCCUGCACAUGUGCUAAGUCUCAGCUUGUGUUUGUGUAUGUGGGGCUGACCUGAUGGGGUGCAGGUAAGCUCUGCUGCUGGUCUGGGUUUGCUUCAUCCAGUCUGGAGCACAUUUUGGCUGUCCCUCCUGCAACCCAAAGAAUUUCCUCCCAGUGGAUGCUGUCACUAUCUCAUUGGAGCAGUUCUCCUCCACAUUUAAGAAUUUAAACAAAGCUCUGAAGCACAGCCUGUUAAUGAACAGUCCAGAAGACAAAAUGUCUCAGCCAGUGGAGACCUAUCUCUAAAAACUGCUUCUCAUCUAAAUCCUCUGAAGUGCACCAGCCCUCCGGGUUUCUACCUGAUUUUUAAUACCUUCUUUCCACCAUGAUAGCCUGGCUUUAAUGUGGAAUUAAAUGUAUAUUUUUAAACUGGUUUAAAAAUAA